UCUGUGUCAAGGUUAUCUCAGUCCAGUGUGGUAGCAAUGAUUUGAUAAAUCUAGUAUGUUCACUCUCGAAUAUCAAUGAAUUAAGGAUAUUUUGAGUAUAAUUUUUGUUAUCUUUAACCUAGAACAGAUGAUGUCUGACAAUGGAGAUUCUUUGAAUUCACCACCAGAUAUAAAACCACAUUUGAAUUGUGGACAGGAUGACACUUCCGAGGAUAAUUCUAAUGCCGGAGAAUACACAUCACCCGGAAGUGUCAAAUCAGAAACUUCCCCUGGUAAAGGACGGGGCAGAAGAGCAAAAGAUGACAAAAGCUGUCGUGUCUGUGGUGACAAAGCCUUGGGUUACAAUUUCAAUGCUGUUACUUGUGAAAGCUGUAAAGCAUUUUUUAGAAGAAAUGCUUUAAAAGACCAGACCACCAAAUGUUUGUUUCAAGGGAACUGUUUUAUUGAUAUAAGAACACGACGAUUCUGUCCACACUGUCGAUUGAAGAAAUGUUUUGACAUUGGAAUGAGAAAAGAAAUGAUUCUUGAUGAUAAUGAAAGAAAGAUGAGAAUGGCAAAAGUGAUGCAUAAUCGCCAAAAGAGGAAAGAAAGUGUUGAAUCACUGACAACAUUAAUAAAAACAGAACCAAUGGACCAAGAACCAGAUCAAUCAUGUCAGUAUGCUACUAGUACCUCAGGUCAUUGUAUUAAUUCCCCCUCACCAGACGGUAUGAUUGACAUAACAAGUACAGUGGUCACACCUGCUAUAAAUAUAGAUGCACUUGAUAUUGAUAAAAAGUUAUGUCGCGUUUUGUCAAAGAGGGAAGCAGAACUGUGUGAGCACUUAACGAACGGAUAUGCUUCAACAAUGGCAAAUUAUCACUGUGAAAAUUUAACAUCCGAGAGUUAUACAGAUUCAAAUGAUCUUGUCAAUACAUCAGAACAAGCUGUUAGAAGGUUGAUACAGUUUGUUAAAUUAAUUGAGGAUUUUAAAGAGUUGAGUCAAGAAGAUCAGAUAACUGGUCUGAAAUCCUGUGUUUUACAGUCGUUAAUGUUACGCUCUGUUUACUUCUUUGAUGUGGAACAAGAAGGAUGGCGGACACUGACAGGACUUAUACCUGCCAAAGUUUUGAAAGAUAUUACAGGCUAUUCUGACCUGUACGAAACUCACACAAACUUUAGCCGUGAGAUGAAGAAAACAUGUAAAGAAGACAUUACUGUGUUUGCAAUAAUCCAGUCCAUUAUUGUUUUUAAUCCUGAGAGUGUAGGAUUAAAGAAUUUACAAUUGGUCUCUGAUAUACAAAACAGAUACAUUGUAUUACUUAAGAGCUAUCUUGAGUAUAAGAUCUCUUUUGAGUAUGCUCAAAUUUAUUUUCCCGUGUUUCUACGUAAAAUUCAAGAAUUAAAGAAGAUUGGCAGUGACCAUGCCAAAAUUAUUCUUCAGGUUCAGACAUCAAAGAUAGAACCAUUAAUGCUAGAAAUUCUGAACCUGUCCUGAGCUGUUGUACGCUGUAUGUAUUAAGGGUCAUAGAAUAUUAAUGACAAUAAGAUGCCUAAUUAUUGAUUUAAAAGUCCCAGAUAUCUAUGUAUAUAAGGUUGUCUUUAUGGAUAGUUGUCUAAUUGGCAAUCAUACCACAUCCCCUUUUUUAUUAUUGGUGCAUGUAAAUAGAUUUUUUUAACAGAGUUCUGAAUGAAAUAUAUUCUUGCAAAUUUUUAAACUAAGAGCCUGUUGAAACUGAAAUUUUAUCACACAUGAUGUCAUGCACCAGUGCAUUUUAUCUACAGUUAGCGUUAAGCUUUGUUGUACUUUGAUUAAUUCUUUUCUUUACAAAUAUACACCACAAUGAGUGAUAAAGUAAAGCCUACCUUGGAUGUGAAAAUUCAUUUUUAUACGCCUGUUUACGGGACGUAUUAUGGUAUACCGUUGUCCGUCCGUUGUCAACCUGUCGGACAAUAACUCAAAAACCCUUGAACCAAUUCGAACGAAACUUUGGUGAAUUGUAAUAUCUAUCGACGUGAGCUCCCUUUAGUUUUUUAUAAAUUUAAAAUUUUAAGUUUCCGAGUUUUGGGGUUUUUUUUCAUUAGAAAAGGGGGAUUUUCCAGUUUUCGGACAAUAACUCAAAAACGCUUUCACCAAUUUGCAAGAAACUUUGGUGAAUUGCUUAUAUCUAUUGCCAUGAGCUCCCUUUUGAUUUUUAUAAAUUUUAGAUUUUACGUUUCCUAGUUAUGGGGUUUUAUUCAUUAAAAAAAGGGGGGUUUUCCAGUUUUCGGACAAUAACUCAAAAAUGCUUUCAGCAGUUUUCAUGAAACUUUGGUGAAUUGUUUAUAUCUAUUGACGUAAGCUCCCUUUCAAUUUUUAUAAAUUUUAGAUUUUACGUUUCAGAGUUCUGUGAUUGUAUUUAUAAAAAAGGGGGUAUUUUUCAGUUUUCCGUCAAUGCUCUGAGCAGUUAUCAUGAAACUUUGGUGACUGGUUUAUAUCUAUUAAGAUAACCUCCCUUUAGUUUUUCAUGAAUUUCUGAUAUGACAUUGAGAAGUUAUUGAACUUUAUUCUUUGAAAAAGCGACGGGCGUAUCAUGCUCAUGGCGCAGCUGUUUAUUUUAAGUCUAUUUAACAUGUUUAAUUGAUAUUUUGAGUCUAUUUUUUAAUCAUUCCUUUAAAUGAAGUUAUUGACUAAAUUUAUAUGUUCUUUGUUAUUGAUGUUAUAAUCAUUCCUUAGUUAUUUAUCAUAAGUAUACUCUAUAAAUACAGAAACUAAUGACAUGUUUUUAUGCCCCACAUACUAUGUAUGUAAUAUGAUGGUAAGUGGGCAUUAUGUUUUCCAGUCUGUGUGUCUGUCAAUCUGUCCAUUCCACCGCUUGUCUGUCAAACCGUCUGUCACAUAACAGGUUAGAUUAAUAGGUUUAAAAAGGUUUACCAUGAACUUGUGGGCACAUCAACUUGAAAUGCAUUCAUUAUGAUGUAAACUUUUAAAAAUGAUAUGCCAAAUUAGGGUUUGACCCAGAUUUCACCUGUCAUAUAUCAGGUUAAAUGACUGGUUUAAAGAAUUUUACCAUAAAGUUAUGGUCACAUCAAUUCUGAACAAUUUUAGAAGAUACCUUUAUACUGACCAAUUCUUACCAUUGAAACAAUGUUUAUGCAUCUUUGUUCCAUUUUGCUCAUAAUGUACUUUGACAAUCCAUAUAAUUAAAGACAACUAACUUAUUGAAACUCUCAACACUUGAUAACCUGGCAGUGUAGUCCAUCGUAGUAGACUGUGUUAAGAAGAAUUAGACUUGCCAUUUGCCAGUUUCUAAAUGCUAAAACAGGGGGAAUGUUUUUUUGUUUUCAUUUUAUAAUUGAUACUUUUGAAUUGUUUAAGAUUUAACAAGUUUAGCUACCAUAUUGGUAAAAAUGUUAAACACUCACUAAGUGUAUACUUUAUAUGGAAUCUAAUACAUGUAUGCAAUGUUUUCAAAUGCAAAUUUUUAUUUCACAGACUUAUAUCUGCUUAAAUCAGUAACUUCUGGUGUACUUUAAAGUCACUUAAAAGUACUAGUUCAGGAAGUUUUGAGUUUUGUUUUUAUUUAAUGUUAGCAACUGAUGUCAAUUUAAAAAAUGUAAUAUUCCCUUGAGGCUUUAUUUCAUUGAACAUUUUAAGAAUUAGGAAUUUGUUUAGGUCGGUUAGUUUACGUUUGACCCUUAUCAGUUCAUUUGUGUAGGUGACACUGUUUGCACAUUAUAGAAUGUACUUGUCAUGCUUUAGAUAUAGCCAUUGUAAAUAUUUAUAUCUGAAGUACAUCUGUACUCAAACUGAUAAAAACAUUUACAUUUUUAUUUGUUCUAACCCACUCAGAUUGUAUCUACAUUAAUAUUUGAUCACAGGAAAAAGUACAUCAUGAGGAUUUUUAUCUUGCUCAUUGAAGUGAAUCAUAGGUUUUAUUUUUAUUGUUGUACUAUGUCAUUUUGAGUGCAUAAAAAUUAAAAGCAUUGAGUGGGUUUGUAGUUUAUGUAAAAUCAAUGGAGCUUGUACUUUACAUUGAAGCAAUAUAAAAUUCGCCCAUGUCUAUAUAUCAAUUCUAAUAAAUUUAUCUUUUUUCAUAUUUUGAUCAUGAAAAUCUUAGUUGGGGAUUAAAGUUUUUUUUUUUUUUAAGUGCAAUAUAUCAUAUAUCAUGUAUAUUCAAUAAUAUCAUUUAGUUAUGCAAGUAUUAGUGUUGAAUCUCUUAAAAACUUUCACCAUGCAUUACCAGCUAGAAACAAAAGAAAGGGAAAAAUUUCAUAUGGUUGUCCAAAAUAACUAAGUAAUGAGAUAAUGGAACUGACAGAUGUUUAAGACUCCUUACACCAAUAUCCAUUGAUAAGAUUAAAUCCUGUAAAUGUGACAAGUAGCUCAACAGACAGAGGCAGGAUUCAAGGCGAUGCAGCAGGCACACACCUCUCUCAAAUCAGGAAAAUAAAUCCUAGAUCCACACCUAACAGAAGCUGCUUCCCCUUCAACAUACGAGAGCUCACUUCGAGUAUUUAGUUGGUGUCAUGAUGCCAAAUAUCUUCUCUUUAUUGUUUUUGGGGUUUGCUUGUGGGUAGAGUGUAGUAGAUCCUCAUUUACUCACAAUCAUGAUCACAUACUUGGUAUUGUCUUAUUUUUUAUUGCUAUCAAUAGAUUAACACUAAAACCAUGGUAACCACCCUGAGAGGCAUAAAUAAGCUCUCAAGACUUAUCGACUUGCAUUUAAAAUUAUAUUUUGCAUCAUAUAUCAUGUAUAUGAUAUAGGUAUAAACUGUAUACAGUGACUGAAGGAAUCUUAUCAAUAUGUUAUUUUUAGAAUUUUUUCAGAAGCUCAUCAUUUUUAAUGGGCCUUUCUCUUAAGAUUAUUUGUGAUUUUUUUUAAGGGACAUUUUAAAGAAAAAUUAGACAAUUGCUGGCCAAUAGUCACUCAUCGAUGUACUGUUCGGGAGAUUACUUCGGAGGUUUUUUUUCUAACAUUCCAACAAAGCAUGCAUCAUUUGAUAGGCUAUCGAAAAGAUCAGAGACUGAAAAUAUUGAAGGAUAUAUACAAUAUUCAUAUAUUGAAGGAAAAUAUGAAAUUUAUUUGUAAGAGAUAUGAAACAGGGAGAAAAGCAUAGCUAGACAAGUACAAAUAAAUUUGAUAUUACUAAAAUGUUUGAAUAUUGUUUAUACCUGCAAUUAAAAGAAAGCAAACUAGAAAGAAUAUGUAGUUGGUUAACACACAGUUCUUUACUUUAGGUGUUAUAAAGCUCUCUAUUUUCUCACUAUUUCUCUAAAAUCUUUUUUUUUUUAUAAAGUUAUUUGGGAGAUAUUGAUAAGACCAAAGAAAAAAUGCUAAAGGUCAAACUUUCAAAACUUACCUUCAGCUGUUAUACAAAUCAAUUUGCUAAAAGGACAACAGAAAAAAAUCAAUUAAGGCUGUCUUGAAGUCUAAUCACUUUCCUGAAAACAGUAAUGUACUUUUAAAGGUGUUUAUUUUAUGAUGUAAUGUAGACGGGAGUUCCUGAUUAUUUGUGAUAUACGACGCUUGUAUCCUGAAAUCAUUACACCAGACCCGUCUUUAGUUGGAUAAAAGAUAAAAAUAAAAAAUGAUAUCUGUUAUCAAGUUUAUUAUUUCCAUGGUGAUUGCUUUAUAUGCUUCUCUCCAUUUUUGUUGUACGUUUUUUUUUGGUCAUAUUAUGAAAGAAUUGACCAUAUAUUACAGAUUUUUAAUUAUUUAUAUAUAGAAUAACGAUGGAGAAUUACUUUGUUAAUUGUCUUUGAAUUUUAUCAACUUUGUUACUAUUUAUAGAUAUUAUUUAUUAGACAUGUUUUAUAGAGGAUAAUCAGCUUUUUGACAAUUAUGUGGAAAUCCCGGUGUUUUUAAACAAAUUGUAUUUUAAUACAAUGUAGAAGUGAAACUGAGUAAUAUGUACAGUGAAUGUCUAGAUAUAGAUAUAGAACAGAAAUUAAAGUGCUAGUUUGUUUCUUGUCAUGGGAUGAUUUUCUAAUAUGUAUUCUUUUCUCCUAUUAAGAAAUUUUAAAGGAAAGGAAAAAGAUACUGUAAAUUCAGAAACUAAUGUGAGAUUUUUAUAAACAUGAUUAAUGCAAAUAAUGCUACUCCUUCAGUAAUCGCAAUAAUAAGAUCUUGCAUUCUGAUAUAUGAUACAUAUAUAUGUAUGAAGCUUUUCCUAAAGUCACAAUAAUUGAACUCACAUUUAUGUUAAUUCUUCAAAAAUUGCAAUUAUAAAUGCAGGCAAUAAUUUCUGAAUUUGCAGUAAUCCAUUAGGGUUAAUGAAUGGAUUAAGAGGAGCAGAGAGUUUGUAUUCCUCUGUCCACCCUUCCCUUCCCCAAUAAAAAAAAUUAUAGAAAUAUGAAUGCAAGUAUAAAGAAAAUUUAAGUUAUAUAUUUUGGUUUAAAAUCUUAAUGAUUAAAUACUGCCAUAUUUUAAAUAUAGAUAUGAGGUAUCAAUUGUAAAUUUUUUAGGAAAUAAUUUAGGUGAUUAUUUUUUUCUACCUUGCAGUUUAGUUACAUAAAGAUCAACCAGUCAUUUUCUUUACUCAAGUCAGUUUCUUCACAUGUCAUUUAACUUGUUUGAAUUUUAAAUUAAUGGGCUGGAAACUUGUUUAUCUCUAUGUUAUCAAUUUUUAUUUCAGUCUAAAUUAUUUUCUAUUUAAAUUAACAAUUUUUAGGCAGAAACAUUUGUUUUUAGUGUCCAAUAAACACAGAUAAACUAAAGGUUCAUUGCUUCAUUGGUUUAAUUGUAGGUAAUAUCCCAUACAUGUGUAAGUGAAUGAAUGCAUUAUAUGCCCAUCUUUGUAAAUACUUAACACUCCCAAAACAUAAAUGAUUUAAUUAUUGCUUUCUAGAAAUGAAGACAACCAUCAAUGUCUAAGCAAGAGAUAUUUCAAAAUUGUUAUGUUUUAGUCUCAUUUGCAAGCAUUGUACCUGAAGUCUAUACUAUAGGUAUAUGAUAGUUAUGUUGUUCUGGCAACCUAGUAAAUUAGAUGUACAAAAUUUGUCAUUCCUAUAGAUAACUAUGUGGAUAUUUGAUUGGUUGAGACUAUCUAACUUGAAACUGAACAAAACAUGGUGUUUCUACUGUCAACAUGUUGGGAUAUCAUGCUGUUUUUGGGAUAAAGAUUACAUGAAAUGCAUCCAAAACCGUUAUUUCUCUGGCUUGUUAGCUAUAUCUUCCCAGCUUCAUUUAUACCUUUGAGAGCUAAAACAAUAAAGUGCAUUAAGAUCAAAUCCAUUCCCAUGUCAAACAAUUGAGUUAUAAUAUAUACUUAGAAAUUCAAGUUACAAAAUAGUUAGUAUGCGUAUGUGUAUAACUUUACUUGUCUAGAAAACUAUUUUAUUAUGCCCACGGGGCAUUAAGUUUUAUUAAAAAAAAAUGUGCAUGGUGUAUUGAAUCUAUCUUUUCUAAAAAAAAAAUCAAGUUCAUCUACAAAAAAAAAACAAAGCAAGAUAGCUCCAAUUCAUAAUAUUUCCUAAAUGUGUUUCAUUGCAAUUUUUUUUCAGUGUUUAGUUUAAAUCCUCAUCCAAAAUGACAGCAAUCUUUACCCUUCAGUGCUCACAAGCACUUUGAUUAAAGGUUGUGCUUGAAAUAGUUCCAGAAAAUCCAUAUUUUGUAUACAAAUACGAAAACUAAUAUGAAUACUUUAUUUCUAUAUCUAUAUCUUCACAUAUGCAUACUCACUAUUUAAUUUUUUGUAACAUGAAUAUCUAAGUAUAUAUUAUAACUCAAUUGCUUGACAUGGUAAUGGAUUUUAUCUUAGAUCCAAUUAAGUAGAUACCUUUCUGUUUACCAAGGUCAUAUUUUGUCCUUGACCUUUAACCAUGUUUCAGAGAUGUUCUACUACCUUUUGCCAAAAAAAACCACCACAUUUUAAAAUUGCAAUACAAAUAAGAAAUUAUCAUCACCAUUUUCUGAGCAAGUCUUGAUGUACAGCACCAAGCUUCAUGAUGCCAUGUCAUACUCUUUGACAUGUUUUUAGUUCAUUUGAUUCUACUUUCUGUAUGUCAGUAACUUACAUCUUUAAAAAAUUAAACUUAUAUAUACUCUAAACCAACUAAUUUUUGAAGCAACUUAUUUUCGAGAUUUUGGCAUAGAAGUUGGCUAGAAAGCACUUAACACGAAAUAAAAUAUAUCCAAAAAUAAGUUGGUUUACAGUACAAAAAUGUAUAUGAUUUAAUUGUAUUUCCUGCAAAAUAGAGUCAAUAGCAUUGUGAGGCAGAAUAUAAUUAGUGGGGCAAUAGCCCACAGGGAAUCCUAUUUUUCUCCUUUUUGUAAUGUGUUCCCAAUGAUCAUGAUGAAAAAAAUCUUUCCAGCCAAUAGAAUCAAUUUUCAUAAGCACAAAUUUAUUAGGAAACCAAUCUUGCAUGCAGAACCAGGUAUUAUAUUAUAUAAAACAUGAUGCAAAGGCAGCAUAAUGUUCAGUGCCAUCUUCAUUUUGAUUAAUUUGAAUAUUAUUUUAAGCCAUUUUUUGAGAUUUUAUUUUCUUUUUAAUCAAGGCUUAUCAAGGUAAACUUUUUUCAUUUUUUUUCCAUUCAAAUUCAAAAGUAUUUUCAUUCAAAUUCAAAAGUAGUGCUUAAAUGUACAUAUAUAUAUAUAUAUUUAUACAAACAAAUGAGGGUGUGGAUGGGGGUUUACAGAAUAGAGAAUAAUGGGCCAAUAAUAUAAAUAGAGAAAAAUGGACCCAAAAAAUAAAGAAUAGAGAAUAAUGAGGUGCUAAAUAUAAAGAAUAGAGAAUAAUGGGCAAAAAGUAUAAAGAAUAGAGAAAAAUGGCCUAAAAAAUUAAAGAUUACAGAAAUGAAGAACCCCCCAUCCAGGCCCUCACAAAUAGCUUUGUGUUUUGAUUUUAUUUACAUUGUUGUGCUUGUUCAAUGUGUUGUCAUAAUAUAUGAGGUGUAGAAAUAGAGUGGAAAGGGGGAGGGGGCUUCUGAAAGUGAUGAGCACAAAAAAUAAACUUCUAUAGUCUUAGUUUAGAAGUUAUCAUUGUCCACUUUCAUUUUUCGUUUUCAUUUUUUCUCUCCAAAGAGUGGGAGGGAGAUAAUAUUAGUUACAUAGUUUGCUAGUGACCUUAUACGAUAUAUAUGGGGUCAGUAAAUUCCAUAUGGGGUGAGAGCGAAGCUUGAAUCCCCAUAUGGAAUUUACAGACCCCAUAUAUAUCGUAUUAGGUCACUAGCACACUAUGUAACGAAUUUAUCUUACCGACUAUCUUAACAUGUGGUAUUUAGACUAGUGGCCUAUCAUAGUGAUCAAGUCUUCAAUACCGUUAGAAUUAAGAACCUACUUCCAUUACAAAAACAAAUGCCAACAAUAACAACUUGUUAGCUUUAAAUGUGUUUUAUGAAUUUAUUUCAAUCGUUCAUCAUCAAUUUCUUCGUCUGUUGAAAUCUUUAAGAUUUUUCCUCAACACCGUGUUGUUUUUAAAAAGGGACGUGACACCACUACUAACCGUGUAUUGAAAUGAGCCCCGCCUACUAACCCAAUAUGGAAUAUACACGGUCUCCACACGGUUGCUUUUAACCAAUCAUAUUCCUAGAAAUGUAUAGGAGGUAAAGGAGGUAAGAUAAAAACAUAUGUUGCCCCCCCCCCCCCUCCCUUUUGCAACCUGGUUUCCUAUGCCCCAGAUAUUACAAUACUGACAUUUUUUACCCAGGGAAAGAAUGUAAUGAGCUUAAAAUUUCUUUUGUGCAACAAAUAAAUCAAUUUCCUUUGGAAAGAUUUUUCAUUAAACUUACAUGUAAAAAUAGUUUGUCUAACUGGCCUGAAGUUGGGUUAAAUGAUGCCUUUAUGAUUCUACCAAGAACUGCGGUCGAUAACACGAACUGCAGCUUUUUCUUAGCUAAACCACGAAAACAAAAUUUUGUCCCUUUCAAAAAACUUAUUUUAAAUGCUUGCAUGCAUAUUGCCAAUUUAAUAUUCCAAAUGCCUUAAUAAAUUUAAAUUUUAAAUUACUAGAGUUUUGUUUUUUUGGGUGUUUUUUUUGUUUGGUUUAGACAAGUUUAACUAUAAAUUUAAUGAUCCAUAUACAAAUCUACAAUAUUUUAUAUAACUCUGGUAGUGCAGGUGUAUGACAAAUACAGUCUCCACAAAUGUGAUUUUUUUUUCAAAUGGAAGUAGGUACACCUCCAUUGUUUGAUAAUGAAUAUUAUCAUGAAAAUAAAUAUGAAAAGCAUAUAUGCAUAAAUAUAUAGAGAUUCUUUUAUCUUCAUGCCCUUUGAACUUAUAAAGUGACUAAGCUUGAAAACAUAUUUAAAGAAUAAAUUAUAAGAUUACCUUGGUUAUUCCUGAAGUAAAUAAACGACCUUUUAAACGCUGAAAAAAACAGUGUCACAUGAAAAGAGUUACUGUUAAUUCAGAAAUUUUGGCAUGCAUUUAUUAUGAAGAUAGCUGGAAAAUGGACACAAAUGCUGAUUAAUUAUUGCGAUUUCAGGAACUGCAGCAUACAAACGAUGCUAUCAAUAUUUGAAAUGCAAGUUUUUUUAUUUUUUCGACACCUAUACAGUAGCAGUUUUUUUCGCAAUAAUAAAACAACAAAAAAAUUUCAGAAUUAUCAGUAGCAUGAUUCUGCUUGUCCUUUUGUGGAGGCUGUAUGAGGACAUCACUUUUAAAUGUAAUUUUUUUAACAUUUAUUGUUGUGUUGUUUUCUCAUUGACCUUCACCUGACAUCUCCCGUCUCCUCUUUUUUAUUUGGUGAUAUUAAAAAAAAAAAUUUAACAAUAUAAAAAUAUUUAAUACAGAACAAAAAUAUGACCAGUAUACCACUCCAAUUUUAGGUUAAACAGGAGAUUUUUUUUACUGUGGCCAACACAUUGUCAAUCUAUUGUUUUAAUAUUCAUUUUGUAAUCAUGCUUGUUAAAUGGUUUCAUUUUAUGUAUUUUUCUAUCAAAUUAAAAUAAUAAAAAAAUUCUUUGUAAUUGUUAAUAAAUAUAUUGUAGAAUUUUUGUCAAUUAUGAAAUGUCCCAAAAUGUGAUUAGUUGCUCAAAUACAUUGAUUAUAUUGCUCACCAUACACAUGUAUAAAUGGCCUUCUUUAACUUUAUGUAACACAGGAUUGGAUUUUUAGUUAGGGUUGGACUUUGGAAUUGGUACGAUUUUAGUUUGGGUAGGUUUAGUGUGGAUGAAGGCUGCUAUAAGAAAUAGCAUUUGUUAGAGGUAUAUCAAAGAAAACAGAUAGAAAUAGUGUCACCACUUAAUAUAAUUAGCUUCACCAAAAGUUAAAGAAGGUUGUAUUUUUUAAUGUAAAGUUUCAUUGUUUGGUCACAAUUUAGCACUGCAACUGUAAGAAAGCAUAUGUCUAUAAUACAUUGUUCACAUCAUUCAUUUUCAUAGGAAACAUUGAAUACAGAAUACUUUACCACAAAGAACAUAGUUCUUUCAAUCAUGAUAUGUCAUAUAGAGAACGAAAUGCUAUUGGACUAAUUAUACCCUCCGUCAGUCCUGUUCUUGUCAUCGCAAUUCCUCUGAAACCACACAACAGAAAUUCAUGAAACUUUGUAGAUAACAAGGAUAUACUAUGUAGAUGUGCAUAUCGACAGGAAAUUAUGAUUCAAUUUUUUUUCUAGGUGUUAUGCCCCUUUGCACUUAUUGGCCUCAAUAUACUACUGCACAGUUUGUCAUCGCAACUCCUCUGAAACCACACAACAGAAUUUCAUGAAACUUUGUAGAUAAUAAGGAAAUACUAUGUAGAUGUGUAUAUCGACAGGAAAUUAUGAUUCAAUUAUUUUUCUAGGAGUUAUGCCCCUUUGAACUUAGAAUUUUGGCCUAAAUAUACUACUGCAACAGUUUGUAAUCACAACUCCUCUGAAACCACACAACAGAAUUUCAUGAAACUUUGUAGUUAAUGAGAAUAUAAUAUGUUAAUGUGCAUAUCCACAAGAAAAUUUUUAUCAGUUGUUUUUUGUUGAGUUAUGAGUCUUUGAACUUAGGAACCUGGUGAGAUUUUGUGUGUCCAGUGACAAUGUUGGGGCAUGGGGUAUGUGAGCGUGCUCACAAAGGUUCUUUAAUUUUAAUGGGUGUUAGUAUGGAAUCCUGACCAUUGGAUUAAGAGAAGUGGAGCUAUUGCCAACCCUAAUUACCUACAUCCCUCCCUCCUUUCUGUAUGCAUCUUACAAUUGACAGACUGUUGGCUAAUUAUCUUUUGUUUCAUUGUAAGAUGGUGCCUGUUGGAAUCCUUUUUGUAGCAGGUUAUUUUUCCUUGUAAAAGCCAUGAAUCAUUAAACAUGAAGGUUACACUUCAUUCGAGUUUAUUAAAGUAUCAGCACCUUUAUUCUAAACCUGCUGCUAUCCAAGACCAUUGUGAUCUAUAUAGUCGUAUCAAAAUGAAAAUUUAGACAUAAGGGGGAAAAUAUAAGAUUCUUGUAGCAAAGUAAAGGGUGGUCAAUUUUUUUUCUUAAAUAGCUAUCGCAAAAGUAUAUUGAAUAUCAUUUGCAACUAAAAACAACAUAAUGUCAUAUGCUAGUACAUGAAUAGCCUUAGUUUUCUCGUUUGAAUUGUUUUACAUUUGUCAUUUCAGGGCCUUUUAUAGCUGACUAUGCGGUAUAGGUUUUGCUCAUUGUUGAAGGCCAUACAGUGACCUAUAGUUGUUCAUUUCUGUGUCAUUUGGUCUCUUGUGAAGAGUUGUCUCAUUUGCAAUCAUACUGCAUCCUCUUUUUUAUAAUUAUUCAAAAUAACUGCAUGAUAAUCAUUGGAUGAAAAUAAUAAUUAGAAUACACUUAACAUGUAUAUAUUCAUUGUGCUUUUAAUAUUCUUAAUGCUAUGUAUUUAUAAUGGAGAGGGUGUUGGUCAAUUCUUUGUUCAUCAAUAAUGGUAAAAGGGUUCACUGUUUUGACCAGAGACAAUAGUGCUACAAUUGAAGAUAAAAAAUAUUUAUUAAUAUACAUAUUCAUUAAAUGGGAUAAAUUGUCUUCAUGGCAAAGUGAACUGAAUUAGAUGUAGAUCUCUGAGAGGGGAAACAGUUAUUAAUCACUGCUUUACUAGUAGGCACUGAUGGGAUGUACAUGUAGUAAAGUUUUAUAGUCGAAAUUGGAUGAUUUUUUGCUGAAGUUGUUUUUAGUGACUUAUUGUAUGAUAGGGUAUUCUAUCUGUUCAAUUUGUAUUACAGCUUCUAGUUUAUGAAAUAGACCUUUGCUUAUUACCAUAGGAUUGAGUUCUCCUUGAAAUUAUGUUUAAUGUAUGUGAAGGCCUAUCAUUGAUAUGUAAAGUGUAAAGUGGCAGCUAAAAUUUGUCAUUAAGGCUACCUCAAUUUUAACUGUGAUUUUGGUAUUUUUUUUAUGUACAAAAUUUUAACGGUAGCCUAGUUCUAAAUAAAAGAACGUCUGACAUAUUAUUAUUCCACCUAAAACAAUUGAAUUAAUUUCAGAUAGACUGAUUUCUUUUGAUUAAUAAAGGGAAAGUUAAUUAAGAGUCAUGAUAGCUCCUCUAAAUGUGUACAUUAAGUUUAUAACAUAGAAUUAUAGUGGUAAUUAUUGAUGUUCUUGUGAAAUUGUCAGAAAGAAUUCUGUUGAAAUGAAUGGUAGGGUGUAUCAUAUUUUAGACCCUUUAACUACUAUGACCAAUAUUGUUUUUUUCUUCAUAUUUUAAGUUAAUGUAUCAGGCAACUGUUCAGACGUUUUAUGUUUCUCUCCUUAUAAGGAGAAGUAAUACUUGUUAAGGAUCAGAAGAUCAAAUCUGAGAUAUAAAUUUACCUGUAAAAAUGUGCAAAUAUUUAUUGCAGAUUUUUUCUUCUGUAUGCAAUAUUGAUUUAAAAGGAUGAGAAAUAAACAUUUACCAAAUUUAAAAUUGUAAAAAAGACUGAACUAGAGUUUUUUAAAUAUCUUAUUUGAUUAAAAAGAUAUUUGAAAUUUCCAGUUUUUUUCAUUCGUCAAAUUGUACUAUAAUUCAUCAUAAACAUGGAGAUCAAUUUUUAUUUGAGAAAUUAUAAUGUGAAGUCAUUAGAAGUGGAGUACUAACUUUUAUGGGUUUUAUGGGUAAAUGUGACUUACCAAUAAAAGCGUUCUUCUAAAUACAAAUUUCUAAAAAGCUUGUAUAUAGAAAUUGUAAAAACGCCAAAAACAAGUAUUAACGAAACAUAAUUUUUCAUGAAUCCACAAAAAUUGAAACUCAACAAAAAUAAAUGAAAUAAAAAAGAAUUUUGUAAAUGACUAACUUAUAUAAUUUUUUUUUAAUUUUCAUUAAAUCAUAUAUAAAUGCUCAGAUGAAUACGGACAUUAGUUGCUGACAUAUCAUUUGGAGAACAUAAUGGAUUUAUUGUAUGUAUAUGUAGAAUUAUCUGUGAAUUCAUAGACAUGUGCCUUUAUUGUAAUAUCAUAAAUUUUGUUUGUUAUUAGUGAAAUGGAAAUAAAUAUUGUUAACACA